AUGUCUUUCAGAGGAGGUCGUGGUAGAGGUGGAUCGCGUGGUGGUGGUGGCGGUGGUGGUUUCAGAGGUGGUCGUGGUGGAUCACGUACCGGUGGUGGUGGCGGUGGUGGUGGUUGCUUCAAGUGCGGUAAGCCAGGUCAUAUGUCGAGAGAGUGCACUCAGGGCGGUGGUUCCGAUCGUGGUGGUAACAACUGUUUCAACUGCGGUAAGCCAGGUCAUAUCUCGAGAGAGUGUCCCGACGGUGCUGCCGGUGCCGGUAACACUGGAUCGUGUUACAACUGCGGUAACACCGGUCACAUCUCGAGAGAGUGUCCAAACAAGUCAGAGAGAAACGACCGUAGCGGUGGAGACCGUGCCUGUUUCAACUGCGGUAAGACCGGUCACAUGUCGAGAGAUUGCACUCAGGGUGGAUCGUCUGCCGGUUGCUUCAAGUGCGGUAAGACCGGACAUAUCUCAAGAGACUGUACCGAGUCUGGUGGAUCCGAUCGUGGUCACGGUGGAGACAAGAAGUGUUUCAAGUGCAACCAAACCGGUCAUAUUUCAAGAGACUGUCCAAACUCUGACAGUCAAGGUCCAUCAUGUUUCAACUGCGGUGAAUCCGGACACAAGUCAAGAGAAUGCACAAAAUCCAAGAAUGAUAAUAACAAGAAUGCUAGAGAUGAAGAAUCAGAAGAGCCAGAACGUCCAUCAAAGAAGCAAAAGCAACCAGAGUCAGAAGAAGAGAAGAGUGACCAAGAAUCAGAGUCAGAAGAAGACGACGAAUAA